AUGCAGAAAUUCGACAAUCUCAAUAAGCAAAUGGAAUGGAGAAGAAGAUCGAACCUGAAUAGGAAAGAGUUUAUCGAUUCCUCUACCACUCAAAGCUUUGACAAUCUCCGGAGAUAUCCCGAGCUCAAUAUCGCGAGCCCAUCACCGCCGCUGCUGCCACCGACACUCUCCGGAGUGAAGAAACAGCUAGGCAUUAGCCCUGCGUUGCCUCUGUGGGUUUUGCACAUACCUAUGAUCAGAGAGGUCUUGUUAGGGUUUGCGUUUGGGUUUGGGAAGCUGGUGAGUCUCCGUUUUCUCAAAGGAGAUGGCUUUAUCAGAAAUCGAAGCUCAUAG